GUUUUAUCUUUCUUUAAGCGGAAGCUCAUGAAACACAUACAUGAUAAUCCCACUUACUCUAAUGUGGUCAUUAUCUGACAGAUUGCAGCUUCUUAAUUAAUCUCAUGAUUUAAGAUUUAAAAGUAACCCUGAAUAGCCAAACCUGAGGCUGGUCAUCACUCUCCUUCAUCCUGUUUCUUCAUAACAAAUCUUUUUUUUAAAUGUAAUUCUUCAUUAUAAACACUAGAGGGUGCUGAAACUCCUGAAAAAUCUAACUAAGCAUUCCUAUAUAAAUGAAGGGUUUGCAACCAGAACCACAUGCAGCUCUUCAUGGCCUUUUAAUUAAAGUGGCUGUUAAUACCAAGAGAGAUAUAAAACUAAGUUGUUGUUGUUGUUUUUUUUUUUUUACAUAAAACUAUUUUUAAAAAGCUAAUCUUAUAGGGUUUCCUACUUUCAUGUGAUAUCUGCACAGAGAUUCCACAAAACAUCACUAAUUUCAAAAUAAAUAAGAUUGUUUAGUUAUUUUCUUUAUUAUUGUUACCACAAAACUACAAGUUUCUUUCAUCUUUGUCCAUGAGAUUGAAUGUUCUGUGUUGUUUGUGCCAGACAGACCUAAAUGAAUAUUCACUGGGUCCGUUUUGGAUUUGAUGGAAAAGAAAAUUAGUAUCACUGAUGUCCAACCAACAAAUCUGCAGCAACUGUGUGAUGCUGUCCUGUCAAUAUUUGUCCCAAGUUAUCUCAGGAAUGUUUUUACCCUUUGAACUGAAUCUGUGCUGCAAAGGAAAUAAGUUCUGUAUAUUCACUAUUUUUAUUACUUCGUCCAUAUUUGUCUAUAMAGAUGUUUUAGAUGUAAAUAUUGAGUUGCAGUUAGCAAGAGCCACAAUCAGAGGGCAGUAAAUAUUCAAUCAACUCGGAAUACAUGUUGUAAGUCAGUAGAGUAAUAAAAUAAAGGUAAAAAUAUCCCUGGUAAAACUUUCAAAAUAACCCCUAAAUAGGUACCGGGGCUCAACUAAAGACAAGUUUAAAUGUGUUACUGGAGGUUUUUUUUUUUUUUUUUUAAUGUUACGCAACGCCUGUAAGAACUGCUCAUCAGCAUGUUGAGUCCGAGGCGAAGUUAAAGAGAAGGAUCCGCAAGAAAGGAAAAGCUGUCCGGGAAGCCGCGCCCAAACGAAGACAAAACUGUUGGUGAUUGGGGAUUUUUGCAAUSUKUGGGCGGGACUACAAACCAAAGCUUCCUUCUGAUUGGCCAGAAAAGACGUCGUUCGUUAAUAUCUUCUUUUGAUUGGUUGCCUCACAAGGCGAUUAAGGCUUCACUUACAAUGAACCACAGCUGAGAAGAAGUAGGAAUUACUACAUUUUCUUGCUUGUACAUCUUUGUGUUAAGUUCAACAUUUUUGUCCUCGCACUUUGAGGAUUGUCCAGCUUGAAUAGUCAUUUCUUUAUCUAGUCUGACAGAUAAGUUGUCAGACACUGAAGUGUUUCUACCAGUGCUUUGAAUAAGGAAAUAAUCUCUUGCUAACGUUAUGUAGCAAGCUAAUCUCAUUUAUCUGUCGGAAACUCAACUUUCAAAUCACAGUGUUACACAGCCCCACGGACAGGCAUGACCGAGUACAAACUUGUGGUGGUCGGUGCUGGAGGCGUGGGGAAGAGCGCUCUCACCAUCCAGCUGAUCCAGAACCACUUCGUGGACGAAUAUGAUCCCACCAUCGAGGACUCGUACAGAAAACAGGUGGUGAUCGACGGGGAGACGUGUCUGCUGGACAUCCUGGACACUGCAGGUCAGGAGGAGUACAGCGCCAUGAGGGACCAGUACAUGAGGACUGGAGAGGGCUUCCUCUGUGUGUUUGCCAUCAACAACACCAAGUCCUUUGACGACGUUCACCUUUACAGAGAGCAGAUCAACCGGGUGAAGGACAGCGACAGCGUUCCCAUGGUGCUGGUGGGGAACAAGAGCGACCUGAGCACCCGCACRGUGGAGACGAAGCAGGCUCAGGAUCUGGCACGGAGAUACGGAGUGCCGUUCGUAGAGACGUCCGCUAAAACCAGACAGGGUGUGGAGGAAGCCUUCUAUUCGCUGGUGCGGGAGAUCAGAAGAUACAAGGAGACCAACCGCAGCAACAAGAAGAGCAAGAAGAGCAAUCAGAGACGCUGCAUUAUACUAUAGCAUACACACACACACCCACACAUCCAGCCAGCAUCCCUGAGAGCACUUGUAUAAUACCGCCCCUCCUCACUGUGGAGGCGUCGGUGAAGCAGACAGUGCAGAAUCAAUUUUCGUCACUGCGACCAUUUCUACUGUCGCCAUGUUUGUCAUUUCUUCAGUGUUCAUCUGCUUAAGGAGGAUUUCACUGUAUACUGUGCAUAACUGCACUUUGCACAAUAACAAUGGGUGAGGAGCUCAGUCUGCAUUCGCAUUAAAUACUUUUGAGACUUUUUUUUUUUUUAAUCAAAUGUCAGUGUUUGACUUUGAAAGAGAACAAAUACCUUCAGUAUAUUUUUCAUAGGACAUUUUGCUCGUCGCUUUAGUCGGGUUUUUCCACUCAUUUCAGAAUAGAUGUCUGAUGCCUCUCAAACACAACAGCGGUUUAUUUUGUAUGUAGGCAAUAUUAGUGUCCCAGCUUAACUUUAUACAUUUGUGUUCAUUAGACAUUAGGAUAAGUUUGUGCCACUUUCGAAAUUUACUCAGGAAAAUGCUUAUCGGGCUCCGAGUAAUCCGCUUUACAGGCCUGUACACUCGCAUCGUGUGUAACAUUCUCAGUGAUGGUUGCGUUUAAAAUUCACUGUCUGCGCACACUUUGUUACAGCACUCUGUCACCUCAUCGCCACAGCAUGCGAGUUGUGAAAACAUUCGUGCCGCGUUAUUUGCACACUCAUGCUGAAGCCAGUGUUUUUAUCAGUUUUCUGAUCAUGAGAGAUGCUGGAUGGUUAGUAUAUAUAUAUUAAAAAAAAGAAAUAAGUUUUUGAUUGUAUGUCACUAAUAGUUUUCUAUUUUUGUAGAACUACUUAAUGCAUCCCCCACUGUAAUAAAAAAAAUAUAAAAUUACAAUGCUGAAUGCAAAGUAAAUAAAGUCACGUCUUGAGUUGCUGUCUUUAGAAA